AUACAUGAGAAUUUGUGAGAGAAUCCGGGUGUACGCACUAGUAUCGAUAGAGAAGUGAAUUUCAUAUUAUUUUCUGUGUAAAAUAGGUAUAUACUGUGUUUGUUGUGAAUUUUUUUUUAAUUUUUUUUUUGGUGUGGUUGGAAGUAGGUAGGUGCGAAACAAAAUGGCGUUGAUUCGACCUACACAUCUGCUGAUCCUCUUCUUGAUAACCUUCGUGCAGACUGAACGAGUCAAUGUACAGAUGAGACAAAUUGUUCCCAUUAACAAUUUGAGAGAGGUGACUAACAACACUAAGGCUGAUACACUGAACUUGCCAGCAAACGCUUCUUCUAUCAGAGAAAAUAUCACUGAUACUUUCAGCUGCGAGAACCGAACCUACGGCUACUACGCUGACGUGGACAAUGAUUGUCAAGUGUUCCAUGUCUGCCUACCUUCUCAAACGCCUUCAGGUCGCAAUGUUACGUACAGAUGGAGCUUCAUUUGUCCUAACCAAACCGUUUUUAAUCAGGAAGUUCUAACCUGCACAUUUGCAGCCGACUCAAUCGACUGCAAAGAUUCUCCCGACUUCUACCACCUAAAUAUGGAAAUAGGCAAGGAACAGGAGAAAAAAGAAGAAGAAAAGAAAGAGAACAACAGAAAAAUCCAAAAGAGAAAGCCGGAGAAGAGACGAGAGAACAUCAUAAUGCAUAACUCUAUUAUGGAAGAAGAAAUGAGAGAUAUAGAAGAUGAUUUGAGGGAACAUUUAAAACCAUCAUUGACGCAAAAAGCUGAUGAUGCGCCCAUACUGUUAGAAGCUGUAAUCGAAAACGUAGAUUCUGAGAUGGAAGAUGCGGAAAUAGAACAAAAGAAUGAAGAAGAACUAGACAGAAUUGUAAUGGAGAAGAAUAUGAGGAACAUGAAAGAUAUGUACGGACAAAGAGAUAACCAUAAUGAUAGAAGAGAUAAUGAUAACGACAGAAUAGAUAACGAUAAUGAUACAGCAGAUAAUUAUAAUGAAAGAGAUAUUGAUGAUGGAAGAGAACUGGAAAAAGGGAGGGAAGUAAUGAGGAAUGAGAGGGUUUUAAGAAGGCAGACUUUUAGGUUCAGGAGUGAUGUUUAAUUCAUGAAAUUUUAGUUUUUGGUCUAUCACUAUUUUCAGCAGCCUCAUUAGAUAGUUGUCUAAUGCGACAACCCUUGAUUCCCGCAUCGGGAAACAUUAUUAAAGAUUUUCGAUUUCGAAAAUUUAUUGCAUUUUUAUCUUAUUAGUUGUCAAAUAUAAUGAUUGAGGUUUCAGGUUCGAUUCCGAGCUGGAAAAAGUGUUAUAGAAAGUUUCGAUUUUGGAAAUUCUUUGUAGGACUUUUUAUAGUUUGGGAUUUGGGCCAGUGUAUGGUAAUAGGCACACCCCCUAUUACAUGGGACUCAUAACAUAACGGGUGAAUAGUGGGUGUUACAUUUUGCCCUUUGCUGCCCAAAAACGUUAAAUACACUUUUUUGGAAAUAAGUUAGACCAAAAAUUAAACAAGACGAUGAUUUCUCUUAUAGACAUUAAGUUAUCGACGUGGCCAACAACUAUAUUUAAGUUAGACUUAAGUUCACAUUAAGUUAAUAAAACAAAUUGUAAAUAAAAAGCAUUCUAAGUUGAAAUAAAUGAAAACGUUCAUUUAAUUAAAA